AUGCGAUUACCGCUUUGGUUGGUUAAUAGACGACGAUUUCUCUCCUUGGUAUAUCUAUGUUUGUUAUCUAGUCUUAUAGUCUUCAUUAUAUUUCAUAUUGUUGAUUAUAUCUCUAACAUAAAACAGCCAUCAACAGGCAGUUAUCGUCGUCGACCUGAAUGUAGAUGUGAUAGACAUCCGUUGCCUACCAUUGAUUUGAAGAUAAUAUCAAAGAUACCCAAAAAUCAAUCAGAUGUAUGCAGUGAUUAUGCUACUCGUCGAGGGCCGAAUCAACGCAUCAUUUCUAUCAGUCUUUAUGGGCCAAAAGAAAAUAAAAGAUUUUUAUAUAAUUCUACGAUUUAUUUCUUACAUGAACUGAUCAAUGAUGUAAACAAAUUCUUUUCUGAUAAUUUUAUACUACGAAUUCAUCAUGAUGACGCAGUUACCUAUCCAGAUGUUAUAUGUCCUAUAGAAUGUCGAUAUUCAAAUGUUGAUUUCUGUAAUAUGAUCGCUAAACGUUACAUUCCACCAAAAAUAUGGCGUUUUAUACCUGCUGGUGAUCCACUUGUUGAUACUAUGAUGAGCCGUGAUCUUGAUUCGCCAUUAACAAAGCGUGAACGUGCAGCUAUUGACGAAUGGUUGGCUACAAAUAAAUCAUUUCAUGCUAUGCGUGACCAUCCAAUGCAUGUAACAGCUAUGCUUGGCGGAAUGUGGGGAUUUCGACCCUCAUUGGAUCCAGCCAUGUCCCUUUCGCUUCAUAAUAAAAUUCAUAAUAAAAAUCUAGUACAAAAGUAUCCCGGUAUCAAUGAUCAAGCAUUUCUGACCAAUGAAGUGUGGCCACACGCUAAAUCAAGUAUUAUUGUUCACGAUAGUUUUAUUUGUCAAAUGCGUUACGGUACAGAUACACAACCGUUUUCAAUGCAACGCCCAUUACCAGAUGCAACUAAUUGUUAUAUAGGCUGUGUGCGACCUUGUUGUCUUGAUGGAAAACUGCCGUUUGGUGAAUGCCCAAAAGCAUGCCGUCCAAAGAAUCAUCAAGAUUGGAUUUAUUGUUAA